AUGACGAUUGAGGAAGUGGAGAACUAUCAAACUGACACCAUCAUGCUGUUCUUGUUUCUAUGCCUCCUUGCAGCUUUCACUGUAGCUCUGAAACCUUCCAUCAAAUCUUGCUCUAGGGACCAGAAUAACCUGAUUUGUGUGAAUCGCAAUUUUACUGAGAUCCCCCAAGUGCCAACAGACAUCGUCCAGCUCAACUUAAUCCAAAACAGAAUCAGGCUUAUUGAAGAGACAUCAUUUUCUCAGUCACUCGCUCAGCUCCAGAUUCUCUUAAUUGGAUUACAGACAGAGCCACCAAUGCGUGUGGGAGCAAGAGCAUUUACCAACCUUCCCAAUCUGAUUUACCUCGAUCUGGGAGGAAAUAAAGAAUUAGACCUGGACGUGGAGGCAUUUGCUGGGCUACACAAACUGGAAAUCCUUUAUCUUGACCACAACGGUCUGACUGACUCGAUCCUGCAACGUGGAUAUUUUAAAUAUUUAACCUCACUGCACACCCUCAGUCUUGAUGGAAACAAAAUAAAACAAAUCAUACCAGAUUCAACAUUUUCCAACCUGAACACUUUGAGCAAUGUUCAUUUUAAGGCAAAUGACAUUCGCCAGAUUUGUCAGAGUGAUCUGGACAAUGUCCGACCGAGAUAUUUUAAAACAUUCAGCAUCUCCUCAAACAGACUCUUGUACAUAAAUGAAAGCUUUGAUUGGAAACAGUGUGGCAAUCCUUUCAAGGACAUAUUGCUGUACACGUUGGACAUUUCAGGAAUUGCCCUUAAUGUCCAGCAGCUAGAGAAGAUGUUUAUAGCUAUGAAAGGAACACUAAUUAUCCACCUGAAGAUGCAAUAUCUGUCCACCGUUGGGAGUUCAUUUGGUUUUCAUAACAUAGAAGAUCCAAACAAGCAGACACUGGUUGGUCUCAGUGACAGUUCUGUUCUGAAUCUGGAUAUGUCCCACGGCUCCAUCUUUACACUUGUAACCCAAGUAUUUUCACACUUACCUUCCUUACAGGUACUUACAUUAUCUUUCAACAAGAUCAAUCAGAUUGAAAAGAACGCAUUCUUUGGCCUUGACUCCCUUCUCCACUUAAACCUUUCCUUCAAUCUACUGGGGGAGAUCUACUCAUCGGCCUUCGAAGGUCUGAGGAAUGUCACCUUAAUUGAUUUGCAACACAACCACAUUGGAAUCAUUCAACACGAUUCGUUCCAUGGACUGGAUCAGCUGACGACAUUGAAUCUUCGGGACAAUGCACUCUCGGUUAUUUCCGGCUUUCACUAUCUCCCAAAAAUGACUUAUUUCUUAGUGGGUCUGAACCGACUCACAACAGUUUAUGGCCUGGAGGCACUUUCCAUGAGUACCUUUCUUGAUUUCUCGAACAAUGCCUUUUCCAACCUCAAUGUUUUCUAUACGAUCAUGCACCUUCCUUUUGUGAAGCAUCUUUUGUUGAGGGAAAACCGUAUCUCGAUGUGCACACCUGGCCAGACUGAUAUCAUUCCAAAAAACAACCACUUAAUCCACCUGGACCUGUCCAGUAACUUCCUCGAGUUGGUCUGGAUAUCGAAGCAGUGCUGGGAAGUGUUCCAUAACCUGACUAACCUAACUGUCCUUCUUCUCAACCAGAACUAUCUCACCCACCUCCCCCAAGGUAUUUUUAAAGGUUUGGAUUCUCUGAAGAGACUCAACUUAUCAUCGAACUCUCUGACCCAGCUCAGUCAGGAUCUGUUUCCUGGUUCUCUUGAAACUCUCGACCUAUCUAAAAACCGCCUCAUCUCACCCAGUCCAGAUGUGUUCAGUUUUGUGAGUCACUUGGACUUGAGGGAAAACCAAUUCAUCUGCAAGUGUAGUCUCAGGGCCUUUAUCGAAUGGCUAAAUAGCACUGAGGUGGUCUUGGCAGAACCAUUAACAGAGAUGUACUGUGUGUCUCCAGAAAAUUUACAAGGUGUACCUCUUAUUUUUCUAAACACUGAUGGGUGUGUUAUGAAGUAG